AUGGUCAAGAUAGCCCUUGCAGGAGCCUCAAGUGAGCUGGCGAAGGAGAUCCUGGAUAAGCUGGUCGCAACCCAGAAGCACGAAAUUAUUGCACUGGACCUCAAGAAGUUUCCAUCCUCGCCCGGCGUGGAAUGGGUUCAGACGACCUACGAGGACAAAGCGGAACUCUCCCAGCUGUUGAAGGGCGUAGACACAGUCAUUUGCUUCUUCUGGGACGCUGAAACCAGUAAGCGGCUUAUCGACGCUGCCGUCGAUGCCGGGGUCAGGCGCUACGUACCGUCCGAGUUUGGAACCGGCGUCGAGACCGAGGCCUGCCUCGAUGUUCUUUCGUGGUAUGCGCCCAAGAUCGAAGUCGGCCAUUACCUGGAGAAUCUGAACAAGGAGAAGAAGGUCAUCGAGUACACCAAGUUCCAGUACGGCGGGUACACCAACUACCUCGGUUAUCCGCACCAAACAUCGAAAUACAUCACUACAUUUCCUGUGCAGUUCAACUUCGAGAAGAUGCACGCGCUGCUGGUUGAGGGAUCGCUGGAUGACCAGAUCACGUUCACAACCGUUGAUGACGUUGUCAAUGUAAUCGCUGGCGCCUUGGAGUACGAAGGCGAGUGGCCGGUUGUUGGGGGCAUACGUGGAAGUAAUGUCACCGUGAAGCAGAUCCUCGAGAUGGGAGGAAGGAUCCGAGGCAAGCCGUUCGAGAUCGAGUGGCUCAAGAAGGAGGACCUCGAAGCUGGCGAACUGAAGACAGACAACUACGCUCGCCUCCCGUUUGCCUCUGUCCCGAAGGAUGCGCUUGAGCCGUUCUCUACGCUCGUCCAUAGGGGAUACCUCCUCAGCGUUGGCCGCGGUGCUUGGACCGUUUCGGAUGAGUGGAAUAAGCUCCUGCCGGACUACGAGUUCACCCAGGUCGAGGACUUUCUCAAGACGGUUUGGGCGGGGAAAUAG